UUUCAAAGACAUCUCGUUGACGCCUAGAAGAGGAUGGACUACAUGUAAAACGAUGGCUGUGUCGUUCCGUACUCUUCUGGUAGUGGGACUUGUACUUCUGGUCAUUGGGACAGCUCUUCCAGGCGCCCAGGCCAGAAGCAGAAGGAGGGGCGCAUCGAGAGCUCCUAGACGAAGAAAUUGCGAGUCGGCUGAAGACUGCCGGGACGGGGAGUGCUGUCCUGAGCGCCUGGGCCGCUGUCGGCGCCUGAACACCAGGGGACGGUACUGUCAACUAGCCGACCAGUCGGCCAGCCGCUUUAGGUGCCCAUGCGAGGCCGGGUUCCACUGUAGGCCGUUUGAGUACGUGAGGUAUCUGCCGGUUCACCGCCAGAGUGGCACAUGCGCAGAGGGAGAGCCAGGGGUAAGCUGACUGUCAGAGGAGGUAGAAGGCAUAUCCCACAAUACA